AUGUUUGAAGAUAUAACAUUUCGAAAUAAUCAACAUAGACGAGCGACGAAAACAUCUCAUCAAUUAAUUAUUAAGUAUCAAGAAUUGAAAAAAUUCACCGAAAUUUAUAAAUCUUUAUUAAAGAAAGGAAAGACCAAGAAGAAGAAAUCACAAUUACAACGGAAGAAAAUUUUACAAUUAAUUCAUCAAGAAUUAAAUAAACGAUCAUUAUUGAAACCGGAAGAAACUUUUGAAAUAUGGCAUGAAUUAUCUGAUUCAAUAAAUAAAAAUGUUGCUAAAAACGUUUCUAAAAAGAAACUGUCUAAGAAAGGUAAAAAGGGAUUAAAAGAUAAACCCGAAACUGAAUUAACAGGACAUCAAGGAAAUGAAUUAUUACGGAAAAAAGUAAUUGAUCUUAUAGAAGGUAAUGAAGUAAAAGAGCAAGAAGAGGAAGAACAAGAAGAUGAAGAGGAAAAUAAGGAAGAGGAGGAAGAAGACUUGAUGACUCAUAAAUUGAAUCAAUUUGUUAAUAAUUUUGAUUCUUCAAAUCGAUUAUCAAAAUUUAAAUUUUUAAUUGAAUCAAAUGGAUUAGAAAUAUUACCAGGAAGAAAUAGUAAUAAUGAAGAAGAUAAUAAUAUCAACGAUAAUGAUUCUAUUGAAAUGAUGAUUCAUAAAUCAAAAUCAGCAUUUCGCCAACAUAUUAAUAAUUUAACUACAUUAUUACAUUUACAAAUGAUGAAAAAAAAUUGGUCAAUAGCUUAUAAAAUAUUUGCAUUAUUAAUACGAUUUCCUCAAGUUGAUAUAAGAACAAUUUGGCCAUUAGGUAUAGAAAUAUUAAUGCAACUUGAUCAAAACAAAACCAAUUUUUUAAAAGUCAAGAAAUUCUUUAAUUAUUUAUCAUCAUUUUAUAUGAUUACUGAUAAUAAUCCUGCUACUAGAUUUAUAUCAAUAAAUCAUAAUAAUCGUAGUACUGUAGCUCCAGUUUGGAGAUCAGGUUCAAAAACCCUAACUCCAUUAUAUGUCAUUACUUCAUUAUGGUAUAUUUUUAUUCAAAAUGAUUAUGAACAAGUUUUAAAUAAAAUCAAUGAAUUGAUUCUUGAACCUCCUUAUAAUUCUGAAGGUGUAUUAUAUUUUAUAUCAAGUUUAUGUCAUUUAUGUCUUGGUUGGAAAUUGGUUGACACGUAUAUUACUGGUGGUGGUGGCGGUGGUGAUAGUAAUGAAGAUGAUGAACGAUAUAUUGUGGAAAAACAAUUGAAUAUAAUAAAGAAUAAAAUACAAGAAGAUUUUGAAAAAUGUGAGAAAUAUCAAUUUAUAUAUCCUAAACAUGAAAUAGAAUCACAAUUCAAUGAGUUAAUGACGGCUGUAUCGAAUAAAAUUAAAGAAAACAAUUCUACCAUAAAUAAUAACCGAGAUACUACUAUGAAUAGCGUUUCUGGUUCAUCAUCACUGGAAGAGAAUGAUUUAGAUUGGGAUGCCAUUAGUUCCGAUGAAGAUAGCGACAAUGAGGAGAAUAAAAAUGAAACAUUGAUUCCAACUCAAAUAGAUAGUCUUUAUCGAUCAAAUGGUUAUAACCAAGACAAAUACCACUCACAUAAGAAACAACAACCACAAAAUCAUCGUUCAAACCAUAAUGAUGAUGAUGAUGAUGAUGAUGAUAAAAAUCUAGUAGAAGUUAAUUUCACUGAUGAUGAAAGCAUGGAUGAAAGUAAUCAUUUGAAAAUAGAAAAUCAUAAAGAAGAUGACAUUCCUGCUUCACAACCAUUAGAUUUAGAUGGUGAUAUGAUGAUGAUGAAUGGUCACAAUCAUGAUGAUGAGGAAGAUGACGACGAAGAUAAUGACACUCAAGCUAUAGAAUCUAUUGAUAGUGAUCAUGAAGAAGAUCGUAUCACUAAAACUUUAGAUUCAUUUGAUACAAGAAGAAAUAGUUUAGAAUUAUAUAAUAAGAAAAGUUCAAGUGUUGAACCACCAACUGAUACAUUAAAAAUAACGUCACCAAGUAAGGAUACUGCUAGUCAACAAACCAUGCUUGAUUUUGAUUUCGAUUUUGAUUUUGAUUCCGAAUAA